AUGCCUAUAGUUGAAGAACUCAACACAAAUAAUCUGAAAAAAGAACUACGAAAACGAAAUCUCGACUUUAAAGGAGCGAAGACUGUUUUAAAAAACCACCGCCUAAAGAACGCUUUGACAAACAAAGAAACAAAUUUAGACAGCAAAUCAGACAAACGACAUAUGUACGUGACCGAACCAGUAACAGAUGAAGAAGGUGAUUUCGACUACAACGCCCGUGGUAUUUGCAAAGCACGUAGUGGUUGCCAUUCUCGUGUUGACAUGCAGAAAGUCAGUUAUCGUGAUGAUGAAGAUGACAAUUUAAGUUUUGAGAUAACCCUUCCAGCACGAAGUGGAAAAAAGCUUGCUGAUGAAGAUGAGAUGUGCAUCGCUGCUUCACUGAUCGACUGGAAUGUUUUCACCGACAAACCAUACGCUAUUCAUCAAAGAUACCUGUAUGGUCAUUCUACAACUUGUAAACUCUGUAGAAAGAUAGAACUUGUUUUAAGUUCAGACGAAAUCAAGAGGGGACAACGACGUCUGCCUAUGACUAGAAGAAUCGCAACAACGAAAACGUGGCGCUACUUGGAUUAG